GGAGGAGGGUUAAACCACUCAGACAGAGACUCACAUCUGUCUGCUGUGUAGUCAAUUUUUUUUAAAGCUACCACAACACAUUACUGAGCACCUUAAAUUGUUUAUUUAUCAUCCCAUCUGUAUAUUUCGCAUUUUAUAUUUAAUACUCAUUUCUUUUACCAAUGGAUAGCCCACUUUUUUCAUAUCUCACUUUUUUUCUCUUCUCUGUUUAGUAUAUUUAGUCUGUAUUUAUUGUAUAUAUUUAUUAUAUUUAGUCAGUAUUGUACAUACUUCUUAUAUUUAAUUUUAAUUUGUGUUUGUAUUGCUGCUGUAACAUGGGAAUUUCCCAGUUUGGGGUCAAUAAAGUCUAUCUAUCUAGCUAUCUAGCUAGCAUACAGAAACUGAGUCUGCAGUGAUGUGAUCUGGCCAGCAGAUGGCGCUGCUGUUGUUUCCUCUCGGUUUGGGGACAAACCUCGGUUUUCUCCUGCUUCCAGGUGCUGCAGUUGACCCCUUCCGCUCUCCGUACAGGAAUUUGUUGACGGCAUUACGUCAGUCAUCCUGGUUGCCAGCGGCAAAAGCAGCUUCGUGAAGGAGGAGCAGGAGGAGGACGGUGGAUUACUCUUUUUUUUCUGCUGUGGAGAGUUAAAGGGGUUUGUGGUUUUCGUUUUUUCAUGGUAUUGAGAGUUUGGAGCCCCGGGAAGAAGACGCAGAGGAAAGAAAACUCUCCGCUUUUUUACUACAGCAUGAAAAGUUUGUGAAAGUUUCUGAAGUCGACGACGCGCUCAGAGAGUAGAUGGAGGAACCAGAAGGUAAAGAGACUGAGAUUUUUACUUUACUGUGAACAAAGGUGUCACAGCUGCACUAUAAUGCUUUAGUUUUGUCAGUGUAUCGUCGCCAUAAAUUUGUGUUCUGAGUUUAUCUGUAAAUCUGAAUGUGAAGUUGAGUUUGAAGUGAGAACUUUGUGGUCUCUCUCUCACUCUCUUUCAGGUACAGAUGAGCGUUACUGUGCGGGCUGUGGAGGAACAAUCCAGGACACCUUCCAUGUCAAAAUCCUCCAGGACACCUGGCACAACUCCUGCUUUCAGUAAGUUCUCAGUUUUUCUGAUUCUGCAGUGAAACUAUGAGCUGUAUUGUUUGUUUGUUUGUUUUAUUUUGGAUCCACAACAAAAUAUGCAGUAACUACUCCUCCUGGGGUCUUUAUCUUCUUUUCCGUUUUCAUUUUGAAUUUAGUCAAGUACUUAGAGACAUAACACUCAUUUAGGGCUGGGCGAUAAAAUGAUAAUGAUAUAUAUCAAAAAUUAAUUUCCCUCUAUAUCAUUAUAAAACAUGGUCAAUGUGCUUUUCGAUAGUCGUCAUUCUGCCAUGUUUUGGUAGACUAUACGAAUAGCCAAUGAAAAGUGGAGUUUCUGCAGGUCUGCUUCGCGCCGAACCAAUCAUGUGCAACCAUAGCACUUUAACACCGAAAACAGCCGACCAUUCAGUCAGCCUUCUCUAGCGCAACGCCUAAUGACAAAAAGUCAAAAAGACACAAAGACCUCACAGAUGCAGUCGUUCAUUGUAUUGCAAAAGACACGCUCCCAAUAAGCACUGUUAAAUUUCAUUUUUAUAUCGUGAUAUAUAUCGAUACCGACUGAUACAAGAAGAAAAUAUAUCGUGAUAAACUUUUUCCCUUAUUGUCCAGCCCUACACUCACUCUACACUUCAUUCAUACAGUAGCUCUCAUUCUCUCCUGCUUGUUGAAAAAUAAACCAAUACAUAAAUAAGAUGAAGAAAGAAAAGAAAAACAGAACUUAUUUUAGGGAUAACAAGAAAACUUAGUCCAUCAUAGAGAAGAGCUGAACUCAGUUGGUACGCCACAAUUACACCUUAAAUUGUUUGUUAAAGUAACUUCUGUUAGUGUCUGAAAUGAAAAAGUUAGGUAAUAAAUUCCAUGCCAUCAUUGCUCUGUAGUGGACAGUCCUUUUUAUCGCCUGCCUAGUACCAUACUGAUGUCCCUCAGAAAAAAAUGUUAGUUUAUUAAAGCGUACUUCUGGGACUCUGUUUAUAAUAAUACUUUUUUAGGAAAGACACCAAUAGGUAAUGAAAUUUACAUUUAACAUUUAACCAGAUUAAUCGAUUAUGCAUUGCUAUGCUACUUGUUCUAUAGGGACAAUUUAGUCCUAUUCGAGCUGCUUCAUUUUGUACUAUUUGUAGCUUGUGUAACUUACUUUGUGUCGUGUUUGACCAGAUUACUGUGAGUUGAGAGUUGUUUUCUCCAGCAUACUCUGAUACUACUUUGUUUUCAUGGAAAUAAGCAGCAGAGCAGUUUGCAUUCUGCUCCCUAUUGUUUUUUUUCUCCUGUUGAUCAACCUGUUGGCUGCUGCCUCAGUCAGACACGGCCUUGCAGAUAAUCCUGGAAGCUUCUGUCUUGUAGCCUAAACAUGGGCUUAGAUGUGUGCUAACAAUUCACCAUUGUUUUUUAAGCCUCUGCACAAAACACACGCAUGUAGGAUGUCAUUCCUGCUGCUGUCACGGCUGAUAGACCCCUCUGAACAGGGAUGCUCCUGGUUCUUGGAUACAGAUUGGCCAGUGAAGGGGUCUCUCUUCUCUGAAGGACUUUGCCCAAUCUCUCUGAGGUUUAAUAAUUGUCCUGGUGGAGCUGGAGUUAGCUCUCUGCCUGUCACAGGUCUCUGACUCGUAAAGGGAGAUAGAUAUCUUUGUGUGGGGUGGGGAUCAGUAGGUUGUCAUAGCAAAAAAAGGCCAUUAUUAUGUAACAAACACAGGGUCAGCCCCUCCUGCUGACUGUAACAUUCACAUGUUUACAUUUCACAGAUAUGAUGGUUCAGAUUUCUGAAAGAUGAUCCCUGAUCUUAAUGUAAGUGUGUCAAGUCUAAACAGUCGUGAGAUUUGAAGGAACACCACAACAAGAAGAAGUUGUCCAAAGUUGUAAGACUUCUAAAUUCUACUUAAAUCACUAAAAUGUACUAAGAAACCGAGUCUGGAUAUUGCUGAUUAAAGCAAAGCUUUUUUUCCGAAAGAAAAAAAAAGCCGUUGGGUUGUUUGACAGAAGUCUGGCUCUGGGGGACUCCUGGCAUGUCCAGAAAGCCUUAAAAAUAGAGCAAAUUUAAUGCUGACUGUGAUGUCUGAAAUAGCUUUCUUGGAGUUUGGAACCAGUAUCCCUGCAGCACUUUGUCCCUGUGUAACCUCGUAUAUUUCACUCCCUCCAAACUCCAAUAACACAACUAAGCACAGCUUCAUCUGUCAACGUCUUCAGGGGAAAAGCCUGUGAUACUGACCGUUGAUCCUCUCCCCCCUUUGUACUGUAAAACUCUCUUACAGUCUGUGCCAUCAGUCUUAAUGGAGGCAUUUUUGGCUCAAACAUCUGUAGUUGUUCUCUUUAACUUAGAGAUGUGAAACAAAAGAGGGCUGCAUGUGGAGAAACUGAUAUCUUUUAUUAUGGCAAUAUUUCUAAUAUGAAAAAACAUGAGAGUUUUUCCCUGCACAUUCAAGAGCUGCGUGCCAAGUGAGAUAUCACUGCUCAGUAUUGCAAUAACUAUGAGAAGCAUAUGAUACCAACAUAGAUACAUACGUAUGAGCCAUAACAAAAAGGUUUUAUUGCUACGUGUCACCAAAAUAAAUCUUAAAAGCAGAUUUUUUUUUACAAUGUAGUUGGAAUCAGUUAGAGGGAUAUUCUGGCGUAAAAUUAAUUUAGGGUCAAACACACUGUAACACAACUCACCUACUCUCUUCCAGCAGCUGCUGGUUUGUAGCGAGACCUCAAGCUGGUCCAUUACAGACUACUGCGGGGUGACGCAGCUUAAGGAAGAACAUUUAUUAUCCUGCUGUCAUUACCAAAGUUAGUAUAACUAGAGAAGCAAGCAGUAACAUUCAUCUCUCGAAGGGGGUGUCUAACUCGUUGUUUCGGUGUGUUUGACCUUUAAUUAAUUUUACUCUGGAAUAUCCCUUUAAGGCUUCCUUCCUAGCAUUCUGAGUGAGAAAGCCAAGAUAGAUUCAUUUUUUUUUUAUUGCCAUACAUAUUGUCCUGUACAAUGUGUUUAUUUUGGCUUUAAGAUAAAAACAGUGGUAUGAUGACUUUGUGUCUGAUCUUGUCAGAAAAAGCCCAAAAUAAAACGUCCUUGAAAACAUGUCGGCCCCCCACUUGUGCUCCUAUUGUCCAUUGUCCACACACUGCCACUCUACCCUCCACCUUGUGUAACAUUCUUACAAGCUGACGUCACUCUUGUUCCAGUAAACCUGGCAGAGUUUUUUUUUGGGGGGCCUAUAGGUAACAGCACCCUCCACUCCGCUGCCUUCUGCAUUCCUAGACAGCGAUUCAGAGAUGAGAGUCUGCUGUCUCAGACACUGACUGCAGAGUUCUUUGUUUUUUUUUCCAGAGAGGUGUCUUAUACUGGCUGAAAAUGUACAGAGAAAUAAACCCCAAUUAUAAAGGAGCUUUGCAAGUUUUAGAAAUGUGUGUGAAUAAAUGAGAUUGCAUGCAGUUUGAUUUAUUGAAAAGCUUUUAUCACACGCUGGAUCUAGUUUUUUAAAUGUGCAGAUUUGGCACUUUUUUUAUGAGGUUGAUUGGAAUAUUAGAAAAAGUUGAUGAGAAACGCUGAAUUUUAUCUUGAGGAAAUGAUCACAUGACUGAAGACGUGAUGUUAAUGUUUAGUAACAGCAGUUGUUAGUUGCAGCUUGAGGGCAUCACAGUCUUAAAACACCAUCCAUGUGUGAAAUAACUCUCCCUACACACCCUGUAACGACGUUGUUGUGGAGGACAUCAGGAACACACCAGAACCCCACGCCCAAAGUCAAGCACUCUCCAGGUCGUCAAGGCUAAACUUGAGGUCACUCUCUCUUACUAUCUCCACUCCAUAAUUCAGCGAAGGAAUUCACUCCAGCAGGAAUGCGGAUUGAAGGAAAUGAGUAAUGUUUACUCUGUAGUGUUUGUGCAGCCAGAGCUGCUGCAUUGUUCAUUGAACAACCACCUGAGUCUGCCCCCCAUUCACGACUACACAUGGACGGAAGUCAGGGGUUUUUAUAAGCUCGCCUACAUCCCUUUAUCUGGGUCUAUUAUACAGACAUAAUGGCCAAUAAUUGCGGCUUAUCGUCUGGUUUUGUUAAGGAAUACUUCUUGUUCAGAACACGGUGGUCAAGGUGGAGGUUUUUGUUUUUCUUUCACGUCACACUCUCUGGUUAAAAUGCAGCGCAGUUUUCAGCUCUGUUUCUUCCUUGUGCCUUGAGUUUUUUUCUCUUUAACCCGUUAGACCCACUGGUAUCACCUGAAAGUAUCAGUGCUGAUGCUAAUCAUGUGAGAACUGUUGUGUGACGUCAUUUUGCAUAAGCUGAGUUUUUGACUCAGCAGUGAUUUUAACAUUUCAGAGUUUCAGAGUUGACAAAAACCUGAUUUGCUUAUUAAAGUGGUGGUUUUGUAAAUCCUGGUUCUGUCACACUCGGUUCAGGCUGGUUGGCACGUAUUAAAGGCCCGAUGUUGGCACAACUCUCUGCACGUCUGGUUGCUCUUUUUGAAAGCUCGGUGUCGUCACACUUAUUUAGAGAUGACUUUAGUUAGCUCUUAUUAAGCCUCGUUAAUCUCUGGUUCCUUUGCUGGCAGUAAAAGUUUUAGGCAGUUCUUCAUUAAUACGUUUUUAUGAUCUCUGUAACUUCUCUCUACUCUGAUGGUCUGAUGCUCUCUGCUCCAGCCAUGAUGGUUAUGUUACAUAACAGCUCUGCUCUUGUACUCUAUACUUGACUCACAGGUUGAAAGUGCAGGAAGAAGCAGGGUGUUGCAUCCGUCGUCUUUUUAAAACAUGCUGUAGGUUUUGAGGAUUUAUUCAAGGAUAUUUUUCUGUUAUUGAUUGGAGAGCUGGAGAGAGGCAGGAACAAAAAGCUAAAUCUAACUUUUGCAUUAAGGCCUGUAGCUUCUGUAGAGGAGAGGCAGGCUUUAACUACUAAGCUGAAAUCAACAUUUUUGAUAGGGAUGUCCCCAUAUGAUAUUGAUAUAUCAGUCCAAUAUCAGCAAAAAAGUUAAAAUCAGAUCAUAUUGGCCUGAAUCUGUGCCUCUGAUAUCAGCACUCCAAUACAAGCAGUCCAUUCCCAAUUCCAUUCCAGCUCCUCUAUCCAGUAUGCAGAGCCCAUGUAAUCACAACAACAGUGUGUACUAAGGUACUAAAGGUAAAAAAGUUACAUCUGGACACUCCUAAUUUUUGACGAAGGUAGAAACAUGGUAGUAUGAUAGUAAAAAACUCUGAAUUGAACAUGGCAUCUAUAAUCUCCAAUAUCAGCACUCUGAUACAAGCUUUCCAUUCCAGACUCCCCUGUCUCAAUUGUUUACUUACUCACUUUAUGUGUAUUUACCUGAACAUACUGUGUUUACUUGCUCAACUUGUGCAAAUGUCUCGCUCUGUUCUCAUGACAUAUUAAGUCUACAGGAGUGCCCAAACACAUGAAUUAAAGAGUUCCUUUCAUGCUGUUUCAGUCUGUCUUCGGUUGUAAGUAUUGGCCCUGAAAAUUCAGUAUCAGUCGACCCCCUGGAUCUAAUGCUGCAGUCUGCAGUAUUUAUUUGGCAACACCAAAACAACAGAACCCAGACCUGUAGAUGCACAUGGUGUGGUUAGUGGUAUUUGUCCUUUAAUUACACAGUAAGAAGGUCCUUCUCUAAAGUGUUCUUGUGACAUACCGCACAGAUCAUCAGACGUGUGGCUGUAUCCCCCGCAGCUCGACUCCUAUUACUCAUGUAAUCUUCACCACAGUGAACUCUCAGCUCCGCCUCUCAUCAUCAUCAUGUUGUCCCGGUGUGGUGAAUCAGACCGGAGUGAUUCUGUGUAACACUGACCUCAUGUCUGUUUUUCAUGUUUUCUGCUUUGAUCUCAGAGGAACAGACUGUUUGUUUCCUCACAUCAUUAUUGUGUUUUUCAGAGGCAGUACUUUCCCUCUUUUUCACCAUGUUUCCCUCCACAGUGGACACUGAAAUGUGAUCUCCUUCUUCUUAAGACAGCUCCCUCUUAACUAAUGCCAGAAAACUCUAGAGUAUGUGAAGUCUUUGCUUAAGUCAAAACGGGCCUGGAUCAACUUUACCUGCAGUGCAAAGAUAAAAAUACACAGAAACAAAGGUGGAGGGAACAUUUCAGGAAUUUUUAACAUCUAAUUCCAGCGACCAAAAGUCAAAACAAAACCAGGACUGCAGACUUCCUUGACCUCACCCCUCACAGAGCAGCUCAUCCUUGACCAAGCAGUGGCAGGCGAAACUGCCGCCGCCGUUUUUGCAUAACCAGUGCAGCUAGUUCAGGGAGCGCUCGACCUGCAGGUGUGAUCGAGUCUGUUCACAACUUCUGCAUUCCUCAAUCUGAAAAUCAGGUCCCAACGUCACCGCCAGGAAUGUCCCCCCAAUAUGCGUCAGUCCUCUCGAGCUGACAGCUAAGAUUGAUCAGCUUUUGGAGCAUUAAAGUGUAACUCUUAAUUUUUGCCUAUUUUUUGUGGAUAAACAGUGCAGUUUGCACCUUUAACCACAAGGAAAUCUAUUCUUUGCAGAUAAGAAAUGCACAAAUCAAGUUUCUGCAAGUUAAAACUGCACAAUCAACAACCAGGUAAUCCGAGGACUUUGCCCCUUUAAAUUUUUAACAGAGUUUUCACAGGGUCUGCUGGUUGUUGUGUAAGCAACAGUCAAGUUUCCCCUCAAACAAAUGGAUCCGAUUAAGGUGCUCUAUUUUGGCAGCUUCAUUGUCUUAAUCUGCAGAGGCUCAAACCCAAACACUCUUUUCAUUCUCAAUCCUGCAAAAGCUCGCACAAUUGUCCUUCCCCUGAAUGUGCCGCCUGUCACUGUAGCUCCACGUGAAUGCAGGAUCCAGCACAUCUCAGGUAUUUACUGUGCCCUACUACACCUUGUUAAAAAGAGUACAUGCUGUUGUCGUUGGGAACAUGCCCCCAGCUAAAGUCACUCCUCUCUCUACAACCUUUCGCUUUAAAGUGCUCAGCAGUGUGAGUUAUGGUUUCUAGACAGGCUCUGUUUUAUAAAUCACUGCCAUUCAUGGUAUGUCUUGUAUGUGAUACGACAUGUGGGUUUUGAGAACAAGAACAAACACAUUACCUACUUUUAUGGUUCCAGUUUUAACUCUUACCGAACUGAAAACAUGAUGUUUUUGGAGUGUUUUUGCAGCUCUGAGCUCUUACCCAAUUGUGUUAUAUAAGGUCAAAACAAAGUAAAUUUAUCUCCUCUUUUUAUUCACACAUUUUUUAAAUAAAGGCUGAAUUCUGAUGUCUUUUAGGAUGUAAAAGUUAUGUUUUACUUUGCGUGAAAGGUGCUCGUGAAAAUCUGUAGUAGACAGAUCGGACGUGCUGCAGAUGAUCUGUUAUUAUAAGAGAGCAGUGGAAACAUUGCCUCAUGGGAAUCUUUCAGACAUCAGCCACAGCGCAUACCUGUGCAAUUAUCAACAUGUCUUUGAAACAACACGCCAUAUCACCUCCAAGGCGAGUGUUUGCCGUUGGUGAAGCCCACGCCCAAAAGCCUUUGUCUUAUUCAUGUUUAUUCAGCUCAUCUCCUUUUUGUUCUGCUCAAACGUGACCCGGGACUUGUCUCUUGUCUUCUCAGGUGUUCUGUGUGCUGUGAUCACCUGACCAACUGGUACUAUGAGAAGGAUGGGAAGCUUUACUGUCGCAAACACUACUGGGAGAACUUUGGGGAGCUGUGUCACGGCUGCUCUCUGCUCAUGACUGGACCUGCCAUGGUGAGACUUCUGCUGCUGCUGCUCCACUUGUUGUUCGAUUAAUACUCAAAAAGAUUUGCAGGCGAUGUCGGUCCAAGGCGUUGAACUGCUGCAAGAUUAAUGAUGAAACUCAUCAUGCUAAAUCCACCUGUUCCAAAAACCUUCACCAGCUCUAAUUAUUCUCAAAUAUUAAAGGGAAACUUUGCAGAUUUCACUCUUUGGUGCCCUUUUUUCACUUGAGUCACAAAGUCAGGGUGUGGUGGGGUAUUUAACAGGAAUGGAGGAUGAAACAAAGAAGCUGUCGAGUUGCAUUGUGGGAAGUUUGGCCUCUGUCCCUUUUGAAUCUCAUAACAGGCCUGCUGUGUCCGGCUGGCUGCAGAUGCAUGUCCUUGCUCCCAUUUGACCGAGUCCAGAGAGAGAGAGAAAGUGUUUUCACUAAAAGUAACGGCUAAGAAGUAGGGCUGGGUGAUAUAGCCUCAAAUCAAUACCACGAUAUAUUGAGCAGUUCACCUCGAUAAUGAUAUAUGGACAAUAACUACUUCACAAGCUGCUCACCCCCUCCCACAUUAACUUUUUCUACUUCAGCCGCUCCAACUUUUGAACCGUCCUCCAUCUCCUCACCUGUCUUUCCCUCUUUGUAACGGACUGGAUGGGGCGGAGUCACGUCUCUGACAUGGGACAGUGUCUUAAAGGGACAUCAGACCUUGGCCUACCUCCGCACAUCCAAAACCAACUUUGAUUUAUUUAUUUUUUUAAGACCCAAUAUAUUGACAUGGGCAAAAUGACGUCGGUUAUUGUCAUACAUUUUGGUAUCAGUAAAUUUUCGGUUUAUCAUCCAGCCCUAGUGAAUCUUCAGCUUUUUUGAGGAAUUUAAAAGUUAAUUCAUGACAGAAAAUAUAUUUAUUCUACUCUGAAUCAAUCUAUGAUAGCUCAUGGAUUAUUUAAGUAAAAUGUGAGUCUACAUAUCUCAUAUUAUUAAGAGGGUUUCAAAUUGAAAGGUUUCUGGGAAUUUAAUAUUUAAAUAUCGAAUAUACCGACAUGGGCUAAAUGACGUCAGUUAUUUUUAUUUAAUUUCGGUAUCAGUAAUUUUUGGGUUAGUUAGUAGUGUAGUCAGAGUAGUAGAGUAGUUAUGGUCCAUUUAUCGUGAUCUAGGUUAAUACUCAGUGCUCAAUGUAUCGUGAUAUUGAUUUGAGGCCGCAUCGCCCAGUCCUACAAUUGAGUAUAAAAGCGUGACGAUAGCAGAGCUGCAUUAACUGGGCUGUGACGGACUUGUUAUUAGCGCAUAUGAAAAUACAAUCAUAAAUGCUGGAGACUCCAUGCUGACAUAUGGACCUGGCAGCAUCCUUCAGGCCGUAUUUUAAUGUUCUUGGCCCACUCGUGUUAAAAACAUAAAUAUAUACGUGAGUUUUGAGCUCGCUCUCCUCAACAAAGCCCAAUACAGACUAGUCAAAACUCUUACUUCUGUUACUAUACGGGAUUGCCAAACCUUUAAAGCCAUGAUCGUAUAACAACAAUUGCCAACGAUUUCCUCCUCUGCUUGAAUAAUACCAGAAAGCCCACAGAGCACGUUGGUUCUCUCUGUGUGCCAGUUUCUCCCCCCGCUGCCCCAGAUUUAUACUAAUCUGGAGGAGGAGGAGGAGGAGGAGAAGGGGGGACGCAUUAUUGCAUUUACAGAUGAAUGAUACUUUACGUUGGCUGCUGUUGAACAUAACACAUGGGGCUCUAGACCUCACUCGCGAAUUCCCCCCUCGAGGCCCCAUUAUGUUCCCUCUCAGUACAGAAGUUCUCCACAGUUCACUUACCCGGGUGCACACAGGAUCCAGUGCAGAGACACAAGAACAUGAGGCGGUUUGGAGCCCAUCAUGUUCAGUCCUCUGUGGUGACGCGGCUCUGGAGAUAUUACCCACAGUCCACCGCUCUCAGCAUCCUCUGCACUGAUGUUGUACUUGGGAGUUUCUCUAUAUUUGAAGACAUAUUUGCUUCAUUCAGCCCUGCAGGGGGAUUUUAAGUCUAUAGCCAGGCUUGGUCUGAUGUGACUAAUGGCUUAUCAGCUGAGGCUGGUAAACUUUAGCUAGACGUGGUUAUGUAACUGACUCAUUUCUGCUUGUGCUUGUUGUGUAUGCUUUGUCUGAGGCUUAUUUUAUUAUGCCGUACCUGCCAUUUAUCAUCACAGCCCAUCAAAAGUUAUAUAAUCUUACUCUUUUGGGAAUCAUCUACUCAGACGAUGCAGAUUCUGAUAUUGAGAUUCAGUCUGAGUGGAUUUAAAAUAACCUGAAUGUUACUCCUGACAUUAGCGAACCAUUAGUGUAAGCUGAAUUCAACCCAAACAUCACUCAGCUUUGAUUUAGUGUCUGCGAGUCGAAACAUGAAACCCAGAGUGGCAGCGGCUCUCGCUGGUCACAAUCGAGGUCACUUGAGUAACACAGAGCCAGACUGAAGUUUUUCUUUCUGCCACCGAGCAACAAACACAAUGAACUCUUCUAUUUAGUAUUGGCAUCCCGCUCCAUCAGCCGCUGCAGCCAAGUGUUUUUGGCAAAAGCUGAUUUGGCAGCGCAGCCCCCUCGGUCAGAAAGAGAAUCAUUGUGGGCCGUCAGCGGAGGAGGGUCAUGCAGAGCUGCUGCAGCUUGUUAGGCAUUCAAGUCGUGGACACUGCUGUUUUUGUCCUGCCUUUAAUUAUUGGUUUGUUUGCUGAUUGGGUGAAAAUGUUUUUUCAGUUUUUAAAAGUUAUGUUUACAGUAAAAAAAACAAAUCUGUGACUGGUCUUUAUCUGCUGUGUGAGAUCUACUUAUCAGUUCUCCACUCUGGUUUUUGUUUUGCCUGGAAAUCUCAGUCUGGCUGUUACAGCCUGGAGCAGAGUUAUGAUGACUGUGUUUGUUGGAGGUGGUGGCUGUUUGCGUGUUGAAAGGAGUUACAGACAGACUCCUGAGAUGUCACAACGUUUCGGCUUACAUCACACUUAAAUCUCCGUCACAGCAGGGAGGCCUCUCUCAACACUGACUCAGAGCUGUGGGAAAAACAACACAGAUAACUCAACAGAAAACCCUUUGAUUCUUUUGUAGUGUUUAUGUAGAGUGUCCUCUCACAGUGCAUUGCAAUGAGUAAAUGUGAGGGAUAAUCCAAGAUGACCAAAAAUACGAUUCGUAAAAGCUCAGAAAACAAUCAAAAUUUCAGCACAAUUCACUCAACUUGGCUAAACACAGGACAUCAGAGUGGGAAAAUCAUCAAUAUCAAUGAGUGUGGCUAAGAGUGGCAGAACGAGCGCUCUGCCAAACCACCCUGAACUACAAGAUGUCAUCUGUCCUUGUAAACAUUCAGGAACUAAAGCAUUGUAUUGUUCUGGUAUUUGUCAUUAAUUUGUAAUUGAUUAAUUAACAGUUUAGAUCUGACACAAAGACAAUAUUCUGGACCUACGAUGAUAGAAAAAUAAACAAUUUCUUUAAACUCACAAAUUAUUGGUAUCAACUACCAAGAUUGAUGACUAAAGUUGACGAAAUGGAGGAAAAUUAAAUAAUUCAUCCUGGUGAAACAGCUCAGAGGAAACUUCAGAAUCUUUGCCUGUUUUUGUGGUUGACAGAGAAGUGGCUUUAAAAGUCCUGUUUUAAUUGUACAUUUGUAUAUGCAUGCAGUUAUUAAUUUCACCUGUGUUGUAUGUUAUAUCACAGAGUGGAGCUAAACCCCUCAGACUUGUUACAUUAGAUUAUAUUAGAAACAACUUUAUUAAUCCUUUUCGUAUGAAAGAGGAUUAGAGCCACAAGAGGAGGAAAAAAUAAUUAUAGAAGAGAGUUUUUUAAGUUUCCAUUUCGAGAUUAAAGUCAAAAUAUUGAGAUUAAAACAGAAAUAAAAAAAUAUCAAAAUUUCAAUUUUAUUUGUGUUGACUCAAAAUUUUACUUUAAUGUCAGAACCUUAUUUUUUUUAUCUUGAAAUUUUGACAUUAUUCACGACAUUUCAUAAUCUUGAAAUUUCAACUUUAAUCUCAAAAUCUCAAUUUUUAAUUUUUCGAAAUUUCGAGUUUAUUCACAUAAUUUAGUUUUUUUUAAUCUCGAAAUUGCAACUUUAAUCUCCUUCCAGUGAUUAUUUAUUUUCUCUUCAUGUGGUCCUUAUCCUCUUUCAUAUUUUAAGGAAGGUUUCUUUAAAGAAAUUAAAAAGUGUGUUAGUACAACUCAACCUUAAGAACAAUGCAUAGAGAUAACAUCACUGCCACAUAUUAAGAUUGUAUAAUUUGCAUUAUUUUGAUCAUUUGAUUAAAUUCCUGAAACUGUUUUUUGAAUACUGGUGAAGAGCGGGAAAAGAUAUCUGUAUUUUUCAUCAGUCUAAAUUGUGGUCGUAACAGAAAGGGCGCAGUGACAGUGGUAAUAAUGAAAUAGUCAAUACAAGUUCAGAUGCACAAAUGUCAGAAUAAAGUAAUUUGAGGUAAAACAGACAAGAAAAACUAAUUCAUGUUUUAUGGAGCAGAGACAGAUUUAGACAUUUGGAGUGUGGACUUAACUCUUUACACACAUAUUAAACAUGAAAUCAACUUUAUUUUUAACAUUUUUAAAUUAUCUGCUUUAAGAGAAAUUUAAAAAACCACCUCAUCUUGCAUGAAAAGUGAAAAAAUCAGCAUAAAAUGAGACGAUAGCAGAAAUUUCAGAAAGUGAAAUUGGUCAGACAGCACUAAUGAGAGAGAAAGCACAUGACAGAGCGUGGGUUAGUUUCAGAGAGUUCAGAGGACGUCAGUGAGACGUGCGGCUCAGGGAGGAGGGAGGUGACAUCAUAGCAGAUUCCAGACAGCGUGAGAGUAAAGCAGGUGUUAAGACCGUGUCAGAGUAGGAGGAGGGCGGAAAGCAACAGGCAGCAGCGACACACUCAUCUCUGACUGACAGAGUGAGAGCAGGACGAGAAGAACAACCGUCAGCAAAUCACGGCUCUCUGCUGUGAGUUUGGUGAACGAUCUGAAGAUCAGGUCCUUUUGUUUGUGGUUUCAGGUGGCUGGAGAACACAAGUAUCACCCUGAGUGCUUUGUGUGUCUGAGCUGCAAGGUGGUGAUUGAAGACAGGGAUACCUACGCCUUGGUGGAGCGCUCCAAACUUUACUGGUAAGACACCUGCAGCUCACACCUGCAACUUUGAGAGUGUGUGGAAGUGAAGUUCUUUAAACAUCUCCUGUUUGUGUGUGUGUGUGUGUUUGUUUGUGUGGUUGUUAAAUGAAUGCAUGAAUAUUAUUUCAUCGUGAUGCAUUCGGGUGUUUUCACUUUUCCCCUCUCUGCUCUGUUGCGUGCAGCGGGAAGUGCUACAAACAGGUCAUCCUUACACCCGUGUUGGAAAAGCGCUCCCACGACUCCAUCCUCGACUCGCUGCCUCACACAGUCACUCUCAUCUCGAUGCCCUCUGCGGCCAACGGCAAGAGGGGCCUCUCCGUCUCGGUGUUGAGGGACGGAAACGGCUCAGCUAGCGUUCAAGUCAAAGAGUAAGUGGGAGAUGAUGACCGCCAGAAAGAGUGAUUUAUACUUUACACAAGACUGAUUAUAGCUUUGCUAAAUAUUAGGACAUGGCGUGUUUGUUUGUUUUUUACUGAAAGAUGAUUAUCAAUUAUGAGUUUGACCCAGUUUUCCUCAACCGUCAGACUGAGAUAAGCUCAUAAUAACUUGUAGAGUGCUGAAACUCACCAGUUAGUGUGUUGGUGCGGUCCUGUUGCAGAGUCAGAGGGAUGCUUAUUAGUCCGGAGGUGAGAAAUGCCAUCCAUGUCGGCGACAGGAUCCUGGAGAUUAAUGGCCUUCCAGUUGGGACACUCAUGGAAGAGGAGGUGGGUUCACGCCGCACACACACACAUUCGACACUCAAGAAUCAAUGUGUGAUGUGAAAUUCUUCCGAUGAAGCUAAUUAAUGUCCCCGCUAAGUGCGAGUGCAUUCCUUGAGUUCAUCCUGCACAGCUAUGUUCUUAUUUUACAGUCACUGCACAUGUGAUUUUUAGCAUUCCUCACAUUCCUCCAUCAUUUAUUCAUUCUUUAGGUGGGAGAGGACGGUAUGUGGUAUGACUGCGCUUACAGGCUCAUUCCCACAACCUCGCCCUAUUGUAUUCAUACCGACUCUGUCAUGAUUCGCAGCUCUGUUUCUAUUGUCCCGCUCCCAUAUCCUGUUUCCUCUGCAAUUUCACUUUGAUAUAACGCUCCGUCAUUUCAGAUUAUAUUACAUUUCCUGCAGACGAGUCGAUCUAACUCUUUUGCAGUCUGCUGUUUAAGAAGAAGUGAAUCUCUUACCAUUUUAAAACAGUCAAAACAAAUAGUCUUCUUUAGGGCUGGGCGAUAAAACAAUAGUCAUAUAUAGCAAAAAUUAUUAACCCUCGAUGUUGAUAUGAAACAUGGUCAAUAUGCUUUUCGAUAGACGGCAUUCUGCCAUGUUUUGGUAGACUAUCAGACAGGCCUCCUCAUUUCCUGUUUUGAAAUCCCUUUUAAAAACACACUUUUACUCCUUGGCUUUUGAUACUUUUUAGUGUUAUUUUGUUUUUUAUCAUUUUAGCACUUGCCAUUAGCCUGCUUAUUUAUUUACUUAUUUAUCCUGUUGCAUUAAUGUAUCUCUGCUCGCUUUAUCUUGUUCUUUGUGUUAUUUGUUUUUAUGUAUCACUGUACAGCACUUUGGCUACCCUUGUGGUUAUUUUAAAUGUGCUAUAGAAAUAAAGUUGAUUGAUUGAUUGAUUGACUAUACAAAUGGCUAAUGAAAAAGGGGAGUUGCUCCAGGUCGUGCCGUGCUGAACCAACCAUUCAGUCCGCUUUCUCUAGCGCAACGCAAGAGACACAAAGCAUGUCUUUUGUAUUGCAAAAGACAUGCUACCAAUAAGCACUGUUAAAUUUCAUUUUUUAUAUCCUGAUGUAUAUCAAUACUGGCUGAUAUGAAAAAAAUAUAUCAUGAUAAACUUUUUCCCAUAUUGCCCAGCCCUAGUCUGAAUAUAAAAAUUGUGCAGAAAUCACUUUUCUCCAUGAUGGUUGUGGUGUUAAGGUUUUGUGUUGAGCUUGUUUCAAAGUUGUCGAGAGUGUGCACGAGUUAAAGCUUGAAGCAGAGUGUAAGAACAGUUAAAUAAACCAAGCCUUCUUCCCUUCAAUAAAUAAUCUUUGCACAACGUUCAGAGGCUGCACUCAAUCUCGUAAAUCACCCAUCAUAAUGCCACCGUGAAAUCUAUCAGAGCUGAGUUAUUCUAACUGGAAGAUCAAACAAAACAAGCUUUUAAUAAAAAAAAUAACAUGUUUUAAUGUAUUUUUUUUACUGUAAGAUUGUGUGGAAGUGUGGCACAUUUGUCCGAGAUCUCUGAACCGUGGGUGUUUUUGUCCAGGUGGAUGAUCUUAUUCACCGCACCAGCCACACGCUGCAGCUGCUGAUCGAGUAUGACCCAGUCAGGCAUCGUUUGGACCGGCUCAGGCUGGGAUCCCCCAGAAGCCGACUGGGAGUCCCAGCAACCUCCCGCAUGCGUCUGUCUUCGCCUUCUGACGCAGUCCUGGAGAGAACUGACCUGGUGGAUGAAGGCACACUGAAGAGGAGGUCUUUGAGGUGGGUUAGAUCUGCAGACAUGACGUGGUUGAUGUUUAUGUGGGCGGAUUUUGAUACCCAUGAUUCUUUCUUCUUGCUUGUAGGCGCAGUAACAGCAUCUGUAAAUCACCUGGCCCUAAUUCUCCUAAAGAGAUGCCACUCAUCGGCCGAGACAUCGGACGCUCUGAGUCUUUGAGAUCCUCCAGCAGCUGCUCUCAUCGUAUCUUCCGGCCGUGUGACCUCAUCCACGGCGAGAUCUUAGGGAAAGGUUUCUUUGGACAGGCGAUCAAGGUCAACCUUUUACAAGUUUUUAACUCUCCCCUGUCUGGUGUCUCAUAGCUGUGGCUUAAAGUGACACAUAUUCUGCUUUUGUACCACUAACAGGUCACUCAUAAAGCCACAGGAGAGGUGAUGGUGAUGAAGGAGCUGAUCCGCUGUGACGAGGAGACACAGAAGACUUUCCUUAAAGAGGUUUGUCAACAGGAGCGACAGGAGACCCUCAGUCUCCUUGAUUUAUUUAAAAAACUCACCGCUAAACACAUUUCCCACAAUGCCCUCUUUGUCCUUUUCUAUUUUGAGGUCAGUGCCUCAGUCUUGUGGGAAAGAUUAGACCGAUUUUUAUUGUGUUUAACGUGGAAACUGAUUAGAGCUUAUCAGCUUCCAACUGGAAUGCGAGAUUUCCCUUCAACUCUUCCUCUGUUUUCCCGCCGUACGUUCAGGUCAAAGUCAUGCGAAGCCUGGAUCAUCCCCACGUUUUGAGGUUCAUCGGUGUGCUGUACAAGGACAAGAGGCUUAAUCUGAUCACCGAAUUUAUCGAGGGAGGCACCCUGAAGGAUUUCAUCAGAGACACGGUGAGUUAAAGGAGUUGAUUCACUUAAGUCUGUCCCUCUCUUCUCCCACACUCGAGCACAAACACCCUUCAGUGUCCACGGAGAGCUGUUAGCGGGGCGCUGACCUGGAGUACACUCUUGACAGAGGGUCCUGUAGUGGGUUUGCUGGCGUGUCAACAGGCCAAGAUGUGGAAUGAGAAAAGUUGUAGAAAGUGUUUCCAGGUGAAAUUUAAAGAGCCGAGCUCCCCUCCUCCUCCUCCUCCACGACUGACUGACUGUUGAUUUGUGCAGCAGCUCAGCUCACCAGACGACCCAGCGAGGGGAGGGGGUUUUUGCUUGUGUUUUCAUAGAAAUAGGGAAGAUCUAGGAUUGAUUUUAUUCAUACAGGUUUUAUUUUGUUAUGAGUUUCUGCUGGAUACUCUUUCCUUUUUCUGCCUCGGUGCCAAACCUUGAAGUAUUUACUCAUGUUUCGCAUUACAGCCUCCAAAGGAGCUUCUUUUCAUUUCAUUCUUUUGUGCUUUUUUUUGUUUUUUUCUUCUUCUCUCUGGACUAACAGGACCCGUUUCCAUGGGAGCAAAGAGUGAGCUUUGCAAAGAGCAUCGCUUCUGGCAUGGUGAGUUGGCCUCCUGCACAGACAUUUUCAGCAGUGAAAUCUGUUUUUUUUCUCUCAGCUGCCUAAAUGUGUGUUUUUGCUCUGGGGGCACAUUAAGACAACUCGACACACACAGGACCCCUUGUGGGCAUAAGAGACAACACAUGAGGCCCCAAGUUGAAUCAAGGGAACAGCUAGGGUAGCAAAGAAUGAGAAACAUGAUGCUGUUUUAUUUAUUUUCUAUUUAUUUGCUAAAUUAUUUGUAAUAAUUUUGAGUAAAAACCUGCAUUUAAAAGCAGAGAAAACUUCUCUGAUUGGGUCGAAGACUUUGCUUUCAUUGAGAUUCAAGUCCCACUCCUAACGUUUUUUUGCCACUUAAAGUCUUCUCAGUGGUCUUUAAAUUGUGAUUAUGAAGUUUUUAGACAGUUGUCUGAGUCGUGGGCGGAGACAGCGCUGCUCUGCACACUCCUCUUCAUGCGAGCUUGCAGCCUAACAUUGCCAAUGUAGUGGAAGUGGCAGGUAACAUAGGAGCUAUUCAGCUCUCAGACACUAAUGUCUUUAGGGACAUGAUGAAAGUUAAUAUCAUAAUUAGCUUUCUUACAAGCAUUGCAAUCCGCUAAAACACACGCUUGUUCCGCAAUCACAAUUUGAAUGCAGAAAUACUCAGAAAUGUACUUUCACACUUAUUUUUCUCAUGAUAUGUUCUGUAGAAUCAGAAAAAUGCCAUAUGAACAUGUAAAGAACAAGAUAAACAUGGUUUUCAUCGGAGUGGGUCUUUAAGAAGCAAAGAAAAUCUGAAACAGCAUGAAUGAAACCCUCUGUUACUCUCCUCUUUGUUUCAGGCCUACCUUCACUCAAUGAGCAUCAUACACAGAGACCUCAACUCUCACAACUGCCUGGUUAAACUGGUGGGUCACCGACUAAAACUUAGAACAAUAACUAUUAAAGAAGUGGGAGCCUUUUGUCUUACGUGUCAUAUUUCUGCAGGAUAACACUGUGGUUGUCGCCGACUUCGGGCUGUCACGACUCAUCGUCGAAGAUAAAGUCAAACCUCCACCUGAAAAACCCUCCAACAAGAAGAGGGUGUUCAGGCGUGUCGACAGGAAGAAGCGCUACACCGUGGUGGGAAACCCGUACUGGAUGGCUCCAGAAAUGCUCAACGGUGAGAUACCCUCACAAAAAAAGGGAAAAAACUGAUCCUGAAUUUGAUGAACUGAGUUUAAGGAGUUUAAUCUUUGACUUCUUGUUGUUUCAGGUAAACGCUACGACGAGAAGGUGGACAUCUUCUCCUUUGGGAUUGUACUUUGUGAGGUAAGAGCAGGCCAGCUUCUCUGAGUUAAUCUGCAUGAAUAUAAUGAUUGCAGAGAGUCUGGGGGAUCUAUCAUCAGAGCUUCUCCUCACAGCUGUUAUCAGAUGUUACAACACAGUUUUGAUUGAAUAUUGGCUCCAGACAAGUUCAUACAGCUCUAUAACGUAAACUAUGACGUGUCAGAAAACUUCAACAUCAUGCAAAGUAGUUUACAAGCUGGAACAUGUUUACAUCCGCCCCUUAUUUACUCACCCUAACAUCUCUCAUGUGUACGUUAUCUGUGUUUACAUGAAUAAUCGGAGCUCACAUCCUCCCUCUGUGUCGUAUUUCAGAUCAUCGGAAAAGUCUACGCAGAUCCAGAGUGUCUCCCCAGGACUCUGGACUUCGGCCUGAAUGUCGGAAAGUUUGUGGAGAAGUUUCUUCCUGAAGAUUGUCCGCCAGCUUUCUUUCCGCUGACUGUGGCCUGCUGUGACCUCACACCAGACAACCGGUGAGCACCUGCCACCGCCGCUGUUUUCAUGUGAUUUAUUGUCACUUGUUAUGAAUCUGUGAAGUGAAACGCAAGAAACUGUAAGUGAAUGACAAAAACAGAGACAGAAAAAAAGCAGAGACAAAUAUCGGCAGGCAAAGGGAAUGUGAGGGAAAGAGUGUUUUCUCUGAUUAAAGAGUGGGAAGUUGGAGUGAUUUCGUCUCUUUCAUUUAGAGAGUCUGCAGAAAGGAAAUUGGACAAUAAUCAGACCAGAACAGAGUAGAAAUCUGCCAACAUCUCAUCCUGUGUCUGCAGAUGUUGUGUUGCAGAUGGCUGAUGAGGGAGUUUGGAGGAGGAUCUAUAAGUCAGUGCGUUUACAUGCACAGCUUAAUCAGACUUAAGCUCAUAAUUCGUUUUUUUUUUCGCCGAAUCAGACUUCUCUCCUUGUCCGCGUAUACAUGCAGGUGAGAAAAUCGAAUUAUUGACGUGAACGUGUCCACCUCCCCAAAACUAGGGGUCAGUAUUGGUCUUUUCAGCGGCGCUGUUUCUGGAAGUUUUUAAAGAUGUCUCUGUUCCUCAUUUUGUGACCGUUCAUAUACUCUGAAAUGUCCAUUUCUGUCAGGACAGAAAACAUAACAGAACUCUCCUUGUUGUUCCAAAAGUUGAGAUUCUUUGGUGUUUCAGCCGUGUUGUAGUUGCUUCUAAGUCGAAAGUUCUUUAAAUGAUAGCGCCACUUCUUCUCUGGUAUUUUUGUUCAGGGGUUACGGAGGCGUGGCGCACUCCAAUUGGCGUUCUCAAACUCUGAUCAUAGUCAGAGUAAGGCAAUAAUUCGUUUUUCUCGAGUGUCAUGUAAACGUACUGACUGAUGAGAUCCCAGAUCUAAACUAAAGCAGGAUUUCAUUCGUGUGCAGCUUUAUCUGAGAGGGAAGAUUUCCUGAGGUUGUAUUUUUAUGAAAGGGUUUUUUUUUUCCAGAGAGGGGUAAAGAAAUGCUUCUCAGAAAACUCUCUAAUAUAAAAUAACUCUCUCUAAAAUAAAGAAACGCAGCACAUGAUGUGAACCGUGCCCCCUCUGUGUAGAAAACCCUCCUUUCAGAUGUCUUGUUGACCUGCCUGUGCGGGGCCGUGCCUCUGCUGUCAGAUUGUUUCCUCAUGUUUUCCCUCAACCUUGUCAGUCUGGCAUUAACCUCAAACCCCUCUUUGUGCUCUCCUUCAUCCACCCCCCUCCUUCUUUAGUCCACCUUUCCAGAAGCUGGAGGACUGGUUUGAAGCCCUCUCUCUAAAUCAGGAUAUGGGGAUCCCACUGCCUGCUGAACUGGAUGAACUCCACCAGAGUCUGAGUCGGCUCCUCUGGCCUAAGGACAGCUCGCCAUCACAGAGCGCAGAAGAGCCAGUACCCCCGACCGUAGCCUCUCCUGACUCUCCCAGCAUGGUGGAGAACGGCACCUAGGACCCGUGCUUUUCCCCUCUGAACUGCUGCACUAACACUGUGGAUGAAAAAAGAGGAAAAUCAUGUUGAACCCGAGCCAUAUUAGACGUGGAUAACCUGAUGUAGCUGGACCGGUUUCCUUCUCGGAGGACCUUUAAUUCCUGAGAGUCAGUGAACUGCAAUGUGAGUGGACAGACACAUUUCAAAAAGACUUUCUUCUCUGCCCCACUCCACACACACACACAGGCCUGUACUAACGUUUACUGUGUGUGUAGAUAAUACACAUCCAAGGUGAGAGCUUCAUCCAUGUGACGGCAGUUUUGUUUUUCUGGUUUUCAACUAUGCGCGGCAUUUACCGAUCAGUCUUAGACAAUUAGAGCGCUCACUUCAGUGCUGCGGCGAGAUGACAACAGUCUGGCUGAUCGACAUGUCUGAAUAAACAGAUCGUAGAGCGCAGGUAUGACUUCGGGUGCCGACGUUUGACACAAAUCUUCAAGUUGUUUUUUCUCUCUAUUUAAGCACCACUAAACCGAUUUCUGACGAGACGAUUACAAGUGUAGUUUGUACCUUGUAGUCACGUGACUUUAGGAAGUUUCUUAGAUUAUGAAUGAACACGAAUAGGUUUUUUUUUCAUGUUUACCACACGGACAUUUCAUUCAAGGUUCCUCACAAACACCUGGAGCAGGAAAGUGGGUUUUAUCAGAGAGUGUGAGACACAAUCAUGCACAACUUCACCAUGAAAAGUUGUUUUUGUACAGAAGAGUUAGAUGUUUUCUCUGGAGCAGUGUAUAUAGAUGUGUACAUAGUAAGCCUCUAAUUGGACGUUAUUUUCUGAUGGGAACUCUAGAUUUGUAGAUUUUUUUAGACAUUUCGUCAUCAGUGGGUGUUUUUGCCUUUUUGCUAUGAUCAUGCAAGGUACUGACGACCAGUUGUAACCACUAUUAUUUAUAUCGCUGUAGUGUUUCCUAAAUAAAGCCUCUGAAAAUGGAUUCAUUUUUUUU